CUUAUCGAUUCUUUAUUAAUUGCAUCAAAAAUAUAUAUUUUUUUAAUCUAGUCUCCAGUUUAGACACUAGUCAUAUCAAAAUGGGAGGUAUCAUGAAGUAAAGUUAAGUAAUUCAAGAAAGUCUCUAUUAAUAGUCUCAUUUGUUUUCAAAAUUGUAUGUGGUGAAAUGGGUAUAUUUUCUUACAGUUCACCAUUUGAUAAUGAUGUUGAAAAAGCGACUAGUGAAAACAAUACUUCUGAGGAAUGGGGAGUGAUAAUGGAAAUAUGUGAUAAGGUUGGUUCUUCAUCUGUCACAUCUGCCAAAGACUGUUUAAGGUCAAUCGUGAAACGUCUUCAUAGUCCUGAUCCCCAUGUAGUUUUGCAAGCUGUCACUUUGCUAGAUGCUUGUGUCAAUAACUGUGGCAAAACUUUUCAAUUAGAAGUAGCUUCUCGUGACUUCGAUAAUGAGCUGAAGAAGUUGGUUGCUAAAUGGCAAUGUGGUGAUAAAGUUGGAGACCGAAUCAGAAAUCUUAUCAAGAAAUGGUCUGAUGCUGAAUUCAAAGCUGAUGCCCAAUUAAGUUUAAUGACCUCUCUUUAUUCUCGUCUUAGGCAAGAAGGUAUUGAUUUCAGCACUCAGUCAGAGCCUCUGCCCAAGGCUCAAAAGUCUACUGAUCCAGAUAGCGUAUCAUCUCAACAAGAAGUUGAUGAUAUUGCCAAAGCUAUUGAAUUAAGUUUAAAGGAAUCAAAUUCUCCAAAAUUUAAUGGCUCAGCGGUUACAACUGGACUCUAUCCAUCUGUAGGAGCUAUUGGUGGUGGUGGAAGCAGCGCAGUUGAAGCAAAAAAAGUUAAAGCUCUUUAUGAUUUUGAAGCUGCUGAAGAUAACGAACUCACAUUUUUCGCUGGUGAAAUCAUUCAUGUAUUAGAUGACUCAGAUGCUAACUGGUGGAAAGGAUAUAAUAAACGAGGGGAAGGCUUGUUUCCAGCAAACUUUGUCACUUCUAAUUUAUCAGAGGCACCAGUUCCAGAAAAAAAGGGUGUCCAGUUUAACGAAAGUGUUGAAGUAAAACCAAUGCCUGUUACUGAAAUAGAUGAAGAAAAAAUAGAUCGAGUACUGCAACUAUUACAUGACGCUGAUCCCCAAAGUGACCAUAGGGACAGUGAUGAAAUGAGGGCUUUAGAGGAUGAAGUUACUCGAAUGGGACCAUUAAUUGAUGCUGAGCUGGAAAGAGUCGAUAGGAAGCAUGCCCAGUUAACAACUUUAAGUAGUGGCCUAGUUGAUGCGCUUAAUCUAUAUCACGGAUUAAUGAGGGAACCCAAGCCUCAGUGGUUUCCACCGCCUCCAGAAUUCAUGUAUCAGCAAGCUCCGCCUCAUCAUGUUUAUCCUCAACCUCCACCCCAUCAUCCUCCUCCACCUUUUCAUCAUCCCCAUUCACAACCAUGAGCUUUUAUUGUCUUCUAAAAGAAACUAUACUGUUCAUCUUCAAAGAUUAUAUAGUGUUAUUUAUGUGCUUUAUUGCAUUGCCUGUAUACAUAUCGAACUUGUUUUAACAUGUAAUGAUAUUAAUUAACAGAAUACAACACCUUUCAAGCCUCAAUGUUUUGUAUAAUUCAGAAGUUUUAUCUUUAUUUUGUCUUUUCUCCCCUUAUGAAAUCAUCAGUGACUUUCCUUUUUCAAUUUUUAACGACAUAUUAUUACAAAUUACUUGUUAUUUUAAAUUAAUAGAAUAAUUCAUCCUCUGUUAUUUAAAUACUAAGUUUGUGCUCUACAUUCCUCUAAACAGCUAUAGUUGUUAUAUUAUUAAAGUUAUUCCUAUGUUUUAUCAUCAAUUUUUAUAUACAUUUAUGUUAUUAUUAAAAUAUAUUUAUUAUUUUACCUUGAUUUAAUUUUUAAAAUAGCUUUGUGAAUAUUUGUACAGAAUUAAUAUAAAUAUAAGUAUGUUUAUCUUACACACACAUAUAUAUACAUAUACAUAUAUAUGUAUAUGU